GCUGACCUUGUGCCUACGUAGAGACGCAAAGAAGAUCCAAAGUAGCGUAAGCGCCAAACUCACCCAUCCUUGUCCAAGCAUCUAACGGUUAUAGAAAAUUCUUCAGCCACCAAAGAUCAAUCUCAACCGUUAAAAGUUUCCAAGAGUAUUACCUCAUUUGUUUUAUCAGCUCCUAAUUUGUCCCUUACUCUAGGCGUUGUUUUGUUGUUGAUUUCUAAGUUACAGGUGGUUUAAUUAGUUCUCUCUCUUUCUUUCUCUCUCUGUAUCUUAAUUUCCGCCAUUGUGAUCUUUUCCUUUUUUUGUUAAAGUCUUGUAAGUGGUAUUCAAUUCAUCAGUCUUGGCUAAAGAAUUUGCAGUGUUUCAAUCAAGAGACAAGUUCCUGCACAUUUUGCUUCUGAACAUGGAUACAAUGUUGGUUCCACCAUGGCUAGAGUCAUUGCUAAGCACAGCAUUCUUCUCCAUUUGUAGAACACAUGGAGAUGCAGCAAGAAGUGAAUGUAAUAUGUAUUGCUUAGAUUGUAGAGGGGAUGCAUUUUGUUUCUACUGUCGUUCUUCAAGGCACAAAGAUCAUCAAGUCAUUCAGAUAAGGCGAUCUUCAUAUCACGAUGUAGUGAGAGUUGCAGAAAUUCAAAAAGUGAUAGACAUAAGUGGAGUUCAAACUUAUGUUAUAAACAGUGCAAGAGUUUUGUUUCUGAACGAAAGGCCACAGCCAAAAUCUGGAAAAGGAGUAGCUCAUAUUUGUGAGAUUUGUGGUAGAAGUCUUCUGGACACAUUUCGUUUUUGUUCAUUGGGAUGUAAGGUUGUAGGAAUAAAAAGAAAUGGAGAUGCAAGCUUUAGCUUAGAGGCUAAGAAUGAGGAAGAAUUAAUGGAAAGAAGAGAAGGAAUAACAUCAAGAAUUGUUGUGUCAAGAAGAGAGGAUGAAGAAUUGCGUGAAGGGUCACAACAAGACAUUUACCCGCCUACGCCUCCUCCACCUCCUACUUCUAGUGCAAGAAGAAGAAAAGGCAUUCCUCAUAGGGCACCCUUUAAGUCCUAAUUUUAAAAAAAAAAAUUAAAAAUUAAUUGCCCCUUUUAAUUAUUAAAAAAAGAAAAAAAGAAAAAGGAAGAAACACAAGGUAGUAUAUUCGAUCCAUCAUUUCUUGCACAAAUUGCUCUCUUUAAUUUCAUUUUCUCUCUUCCUUUAGUUUUCUUUGGGGGGUCAAUUGUCUUACAUUAAAGAAAUUGUAGGGUACCCUUUUGGUUGAAAUGUCCAAAAAGGAAAAAGAAAAUUAAAAAAAAGGGUUAAUUAGUAAGUUAAUUACCCUUUUGGGUUAGGGUCCCAUACAACAAAGUUCCCUUGUGAAGAAGCAAUAAUGCACACUUGUUGUUGAUAGUUGCAAGGUGUAUAUGUCAAUUAAGAAAUUAUAAAGCAAGUCUUUGUGAAGUCCGUUUUGUGGUUUUCUUGGGCCCACCAACCACAUGGGCAUUUUACAUUAAAGAAACAUCUUUUUAUUUGUUUAAUAAAAAGAUGUAUAUUCUCUUUU